CUGCAGCCCCGCAGCGCCCUGCAAGUAGCGGAACCGCAGCCGCCGCCGGACGGGACGGGCCUGGACGCGCACGCCCCCCGGGCCCCGCCGCCGGCAUGGGCGCGCUGGUCCCGGUACUGCUGCUGCCGCUGCUUGCACAGUGGCUCCUGUGGGCAGCUCCGGCGCUGGCCCCAGCGCCCUUCACCUUGCCCCUACGCGUGGCCUCGGCAGUGCCCCGAGGGGUUUCACCCACCCCAGGGACAAAGGUAGCCUCUGUGACCCCCGCCGCGCCCCGAGCUGACGGCUUGGCGCUCGCCCUGGAGCCCGCCGGGGGCGCGACCAACUUCUUGGCGGUGGUGGACAACCUGCAGGGAGACUCGGGUCGCGGCUACUACCUGGAGAUGCUGAUCGGGACCCCCCCGCAGAAGCUGCAGAUCCUCGUUGACACUGGAAGCAGUAACUUCGCUGUGGCGGGGGCCCCACAUUCUUACAUAGACUCAUACUUUGACACCGAGAGGUCCACCACAUACCGCUCCAAGGGCUUCGGGGUCACCGUGAAGUACACCCAAGGGAGCUGGACAGGCUUCGUGGGAGAGGACGUCGUCACUAUACCAAAAGGUUUCAACAGUUCUUUCCUCGUCAAUGUUGCCACUAUUUUUGAAUCAGAGAAUUUCUUUUUGCCUGGCAUUAAAUGGAAUGGAAUACUUGGACUUGCUUAUGCUACCCUAGCCAAGCCAUCAAGUUCUUUGGAGACGUUCUUUGAUUCCCUUGUGACUCAAGCAAAGAUCCCCAACGUGUUCUCCAUGCAGAUGUGUGGAGCGGGACUGCCAGUGGCUGGAUCUGGUACCAACGGAGGUAGUCUUAUCUUGGGUGGAAUUGAACCAAGUCUGUACAAAGGAGACAUCUGGUAUACACCUAUUAAGGAGGAAUGGUACUACCAGAUAGAAAUUGUGAAAUUGGAAAUUGGAGGCCAGAGCCUUAAUCUGGAUUGCAGAGAGUAUAAUGCAGACAAGGCCAUUGUGGACAGUGGGACCACACUCCUGAGGCUGCCCCAGAAGGUGUUUGACGCAGUGGUGGAGGCCGUGGCCCGUGCCUCUCUGAUUCCAGAAUUCUCUGACGGCUUCUGGACAGGGUCCCAGCUGGCUUGCUGGACUAAUUCUGAGACACCUUGGUCUUACUUCCCUAAAAUUUCCAUCUACCUGAGAGACGAGAACUCCAGCAGGUCAUUCCGCAUUACUAUCUUGCCUCAGCUUUACAUCCAGCCCAUGCUGGGGGCUGGCCUGAAUUACGAGUGCUAUCGGUUCGGCAUCUCUCCUUCCUCGAACGCGUUGGUGAUUGGUGCUACGGUGAUGGAAGGCUUCUACGUCGUCUUUGACAGAGCUCGGAAGAGAGUGGGCUUCGCAGCGAGUCCCUGCGCAGAAAUUGCGGGUACUCCGGUGUCUGAAAUUUCUGGGCCUUUCUCAACCGAUGACAUCGCCAGCAGCUGUGUCCCUGCCCUCCCUCUGAACAAACCCAUUCUCUGGAUUGUCUCUUAUUCGCUCAUGAGUGUGUGUGGAAUCAUCCUCCUCGUGCUCAUCAUCCUGCUGCUACUUCCGUUCCAGUAUCGGCACCGCCCCCGCGGCCCCGAGGUCGUCAAUGAUGAGUCGUCUCUCGUGCGGCAUCGCUGGAAAUGA